AUGCUUCCCUCCUCCUUGAUCAUGGCGCUUGCCAUGUCAGCAACCAACGCACUUCCAAUCAGCCGCCGUGACCCAUACGUCCAAGUCGACCCUGACAAAGCAGUCUGUGAUCGGCAUGGAAUUAACUACCCACCCAACCAAGUCAUCUUCGAAGUCAACAUUGGCCGACCAUACAUCGAGGGUGCAGGCUGCGAGGACGUCAAACGCGAUAUCACUGAAGCCAUCUCACCCAGUGGCCGCGGCCCUGGCGAUUGGAAAUGCGAGGAUAAUGGUCAAGAGGGGACGUUCUUGUCGUUCACGACCUACGAGGUCCGCGGCACGACUAUUGGGGUCAUUGAUGGGCUUCAGAAGGGUUAUCCCAUGGUGCCAUUCCAGAAGGAGCGAAUCUGCUUGGGGCAGGGCAUGGAAGAGGGGGGUCUGCCGGACUACUGGCCUUCGCCACCUUAA